CUGCCUUCCGCUUCUGGGCUGGAUUGACACACAAUGAGGAGCAGAGGCUGGGGAGACGCUCCACAAACGCCGCUGUAAAUAAAUACAACAAUCACUGAGGCCAGAGAAACAUGGAGAACCAGUGCACGGUGCAGGUGAAGCUGGAGUUGGGCCACAGAGCCCAGCUGAGGAAGAAGGUGACAUCAGAAGGCUUCACCCACGACUGGAUGGUGUUUGUCCGAGGGCCAGAAACCGGCGACAUCCAGCACUUUGUAGAGAAGGUCGUGUUCCGCCUCCACGAGAGCUUCCCCAAACCCAAGAGAGUAUGCAAGGAGCCGCCGUACAAAGUGGAGGAGUCGGGCUACGCAGGCUUCCUCAUGCCUAUUGAGGUUUACUUCAAGAACAAGGAGGAGCCAAAAAAGGUGUGUUUCAACUACGACCUAUUUCUCAACUUGGAAGGCAACCCACCCGUCAACCACCUGCGCUGUGAGAAGCUCACCUUCAACAACCCCACCAAAGAAUUCAGGAGAAAGCUGAUCAAAGCUGGAGGGGUAAUGGUGGUUCCAGAGGGGGCUGAAGCUGUGUCCCGGCCCAGUCCUGACUACCCCAUGCUGCCCACCAUCCCUCUCUCUGCCUUCUCAGACCCCAAGAAGACCAAGAACUCUCAUGUGUCAAAGGAGCCCAGCAAAGAGGGGAGUGGCAGCAGCAAAGGACCCAAACCGCACAAACUGACCAAGGAGCACCGUGAACGGCCCCGAAAAGACUCUGAGAGCAAAGCCACGCCGAAAGGGGAGAGCGAUCGAGACGGGAGCAGCAAGAGUGGCCGAGACCCUUCCUCUUCCUCGUCUUCUAAAAAGCCGUCAGAUAUCAAAGUAAAAGAAGAAGUUAAGGUCCUACCCAAGGCUGCCUUCAAAGAGCCUAAACUCACCCUGAAGGAUUCAAAGAUGGAGGGCAUGUCCCCUAAAGGAGGGGGGGCGGGGAGUGGAGGGGGUGAGUCUAAAGCCCCGGGGAAACGACCCUCUACUGUGGAGUCUCCCAAACCCAGUGCGAAGAAGAAGAAGGGCAGCUCAGAGGGGCCGAAGGGGCCGACCAGCGGGGCCUUCACAGGAACCUCUCCCCGAGUCUCCUCCUCGUCGGCAGCCAGUCAGCCGUACGCAGAGAAGAAACCCCCAAAGGAAAAAGGUCGCUGGCCCAAAGGCAAAAAUGACACACAGGAACCGAAGGAGCCCAAGAAAGUUCCAGAAUCUGAAGAGUCUAAUUCAGAGGACGAAGCGUCGUCGAAAUCAGAGCAGUCGGCCCCUUCCAGUCCUUCCAACUCCAGUUCGAGUUCCGACUCCAGCUCAGAUUCUGACUUUGAGCCGGGACAGAAACAAGGGCAAGGCCCCCUGCGAUCGAUGGUAGAGGAGAUCCAGUCAGAAGAGUCAGAUGAUGACGACAGCAGCUCAGAGGAGGAGACGCCCAUCAAGACCAACCCCCCCAACCGUGACUCACGACUCAGCCUGGACAGUGAGAGUGACAGCAGUGACGGCUCGCACAGCCCCAGUCGAGACUCCGCCCGGCCCCCCCAGAAACACAGCUCCUCCAACAACAAAGUUUCAGGCAGAAAGAGUCCAGAUUCAUCGUUUCGUUCAGAAAAGGUGUUGAAGAAGGGAUACGACAAGGCGUACACGGAAGAGCUGGUGGACCUCCACCGCAGACUGAUGGCUUUAAGGGAGCGGAACGUCCUGCAGCAGAUUGUGAACCUGAUCGAGGAGACGGGCCACUUCAACGUGACCAACACCACCUUUGACUUUGACCUCUUUUCACUGGACGAGACCACCGUCCGCAAACUACAGAGCUACCUGGAGGCGACGGCCACGUGACAGGAAGUGGGAACUGGUGUGGAUGGAGGCGGCGGAGGUAGACGUGCCACCAUCUCCUCUUUUUAAGGAGAGGAGGAGCAACCACAUCACGUCGCAGCUGUUUCACAGGCCUGACUGAACCACCGAACAACUACCACACAAACAGAAACACGCGAACAAACACAAGCACACAUGAAGACACACCGCCUUCACGUGACGCUGGGGGGGGGGGGAACUGAAGGAGGAGGAGGAGGAGCGGAGCGGCUGAACUCCGUCUACAGUCAGGAUAUCAACUACUCUAUAUUACUGAGCCUGUGCAAAGCUGUGGUAUGCACCCCACACCCCCUCCUGCACCCUCCUGCACUCCCGCCUCUGCAAACCCAAUACUUCCCCUACUCCUCCUCCUCUUCCUCCCCCUUCACACGCACACUCCUUACUCGGCAGAACACUUCAGUCCCCUUCCCCCUGCCGUCAGCUGGAGCUCAUUUCUCUCUCCACAUACUCUUUAAGUCGUGUGUGUUGACUGUGCAGUGUGUGUGUGUGUGCGUGCGUGUGUGUGCGUGCAUUCGAUCGCUGCUGAGGGUUAGGAGGAGAUAUUGUCUUUGUGGUACCGACUUCUCUCUUUUUGGGAAGCUUGAGCACAAACAACAGUCAGUUUGCCGCUUUCACACCAGGCCAAACAAACACACAUUCAGGUCAUCUUUUACUUUAACCCUCCCCACCCGAUAAGUUUUUUUAAAAAGUAUAUAAAUUAUGAAUAAAUACUAUAUUGUAGUUGAAAGCAGAUAUAGGUAAGUAAACUAUAACUUUUGUAUUUUGUUUUUAACUAAUAAUGAAUGAGCACUAUAGAAAAAUACAAACACUUGACAGCUACUGUUUCUUAAUGAACACUUUAAAUGCUGCUUAUAACCACAUUGCAGGGCGUUAUAAACCUUUUAAUUCUUUGCAGUUAUUAUAAAUCGUAAAGGGGGGGUUAAACUAAAUUGGUACCCAGAAUUUGUCUCUGUGUUCCUAUCACUGUACACAUAACACUGAGACGUGUGCUGUGUGUGAGUCUUUCCUGCAUGAGGUUUCUGUUGUCUGAACACAUGUUCUGUUGAGUUUCUCCUCUACUUCCUCACACUGAAAGCUGAGCCUUGACCUCCUACCAAUGCCCCCCCCCCCCCCCCCCCCCCU